AUGUGGGUCAAUUCUGGAACAGUCGGAAGGGCUUUCUCCAUGGAUAUUGACUCAGACUAUGAGCGGCCUAAUGUCGAGACGAUAAAGUGCGUAGUGGUGGGGGACAACGCGGCCGGCAAGACACGGCUGAUCUGUGCCCGGGCCUGUAACGCCACCCUCACACAAUACCAGCUGCUCGCCACUCAUGUGCCGACUGUCUGGGCCAUUGACCAGUACCGCGUCUGCCAGGAGGUCCUGGAGAGGUCCCGGGAUGUGGUGGAUGAAGUCAGCGUCUCCUUGAGACUUUGGGACACUUUUGGGGAUCAUCACAAAGACCGCCGCUUCGCAUACGGGAGGUCUGAUGUGGUCGUGCUGUGUUUCUCUCUGGCCAACCCAAACUCUCUGCACCAUGUCCGCACCAUGUGGUUCCCUGAGAUCAAACACUUUUGUCCUCGGACCCCCAUCAUCCUCGUAGGCUGCCAGCUGGACCUACGCUAUGCUGAUCUGGAUGCUGUUAACCGUGCUAGACGACCCCUGGCCAAACCCAUAAAGCCUACAGACAUCCUUCACCCGGAAAAGGGCCACGAGGUUGCCAAGGAACUGGGAAUACCAUACUACGAGACCAGCGUUGUGGCACAGUUUGGGAUAAAAGAUGUUUUCGACAAUGCCAUCCGUGCAGCUCUCAUCUCGCGUCGCCACCUACAGUUCUGGAAAUCCCACUUGAAAAAGGUGCAGCGUCCCCUCCUUCAGGCACCCUUCUUGCCCCCACGCCCCCCUCGCCCAAUCGUAAGCAGACCAGACCCGCCUGCUGUUGAUGGAGUGCCCAACUCUCUCUUCUGUCAACCUCUGUGUGCUGAUGUACUCUUUCUCCUGGAGGGUGGCACCACUCAGGUCUUUGCCCAUAAGGUUUAUCUGGCCACUUCUUGCUCUAAAUUCUAUGACAUCUUCACUUUGGACCUUGGGAUGAUGGGGGAGGGCAGAAGUAAAUUUGGCGUGGAGCGAGAGGAGCAGGAGGCGGCGGAGGUGGAUCUGGGCAGGGUGGACAACGAGGAGGAUGAGCAGAACCGGAGUGGCGCAAAAGAACAGGCAGGACGCACUAAGAGCCUGGACAUUGACAAGGACGAGGAAGACUGUUUCCACGAGCCAAAGCAACACUUCCUGCUUCAGCAGGCUUCACUAAGAACUUCCCAGAGUGAUAAUGCAAUCCCUGCUAGGACUCAGUGUUCUGCAGGGGUUUUGAGAGGCAGCCGUAUAGUCUCGGGGUGGGGGCGUGGCUUUGUGAGUGUGUCCCUGGAGAAUGUGAAGGACCCUGUCACUGGGCGAUCUAGAGUCAUGACUGUGGUUACUAUGGAUGAACUCAUUCAAAAAGGACCCUUCCAGGCGGUGCUGGAGUAUCUGUACACAGGAAGCCUGGAUGAGAGCCGGGGGGACCUGAAGCAGGUGGCCACCAUCGCUGAGCUUCUGGAGGUGUUUGACCUGCGCAUGAUGGUGGCAAAUGUGCUGAACAAUGAGAGCUUCAUGAACCAGGAGAUCACCAAAGCCUUCCAUGUGCGGCGAGCUAACCGCAUCAAAGAAUGCCUGAACAAGGGCACUUUUGCCGAUGUGGUGUUUCGAUUGGAUGAUGGAUACCUGCCUGCCCACAAACCCCUGCUGAUCUCCAGCUGUGAUUGGAUGGCAGCAAUGUUCCGUGGGUCUUUCAUGGAGAGUUAUACUAAUGAGGUAUCCAUCCCUAACACCAGCAGUGCCUGCAUGCGUGCUGUGCUGGAGUACCUGUACUGCGGCCAGCUGACACGCAGCUCCAACCUGCAGCCCAUGGAACUCAUUGUAUUGGCCAACCGUCUCUGCCUGCCCCGCCUUGUAGCCCUAACAGAGCAGCAUGCUGUGGAUGAGCUGCUGCAGCUUGUGACGAAGAGCGAGGACAUUGACGGGCAGGUGUUGACUUACCUGGAGAUGGCUCAGUUCCACAAUGCCAAACAACUGUCUGCAUGGUGUUUGCAUCACAUCUGUACAAACUACAACAGUGUGUGCCGCAAGUUCCCCAAAGACAUGAAAGCGAUGUCCCCAGAGAAUGAGACGUACUUCGAGAAGCACCGGUGGCCACCCGUCUGGUACUUGAAGGAAGAGGACAGGUACCUGCGUUCCCUGAAGGAGCGGGACCGGGAGGAGGAGAUUGUGCGCAAACAGCACAUCAAGCGUGGCUGGUUCUUUUGGAGACACUCAUCCUCUUCUGCUCCCCACAUCUCCUAAACCUUCAACCUUUUUCCCCAGGCCUCCAGUCACCACUGUAGUCCAGCCCCCCUCCCCAAACUGUGAAGCCUUUAACUCCCUCCCCCAAUUUUCUUGCAACUUAUCUGACCUCUGGUUGCCUGUCGGCAUCCUAGCUGUACUGGGGCUGCGCUCGUAAGCUCCUCCUAUCCUGGGCUUCUCUUCAGGACAAUAUUAUGGAACCGCCAAGCAUGCAGUGGAAUUUGGGGGCAUGACAUCCUGGGGCUAAAGUCAAGAGAUGGACUAUAUGAUAUUGUGAUCAUGACCCAAAAAAAACAACUUAGGGCUCAAGCACAUUUUUCCCAGUCAUCCUUUUUCUGCCUGUGGGAAUCCUGUAUAAAUGUAUUAUAGUACAUUUAUAUCCCCUUUUUUUCCAUUAAUCCUGUUCUUCGGCUAUACACGUACAAAGGUCUUAGCUGAGGUCUGUGUGAUAUGCUGGCAAAUGGAGUACCUCAUCUUAAGGCUUUUCAUAGUUACUAUGUCAUACCAGCUAAUCAAAUUGUUACUUAUUGGAAGGAGAGUUUUGCUGUUUCAAAUCUGUCCUUCCACACACAGUCUCUCUCUCUUGGUCCAGUUUUCACACCUUGAAAUCCACUUCCAAGAAGAUUUGUUUGUUUUCCGAAAAACCCUCCUGAUUGUCUCCAGCUGAAACUGAAUGAUACUUUUGUUCAUAAACUCCACUCCCCUCCCUCUUCUGGGAUAUUGAAAUUAGUCUGCAUAAUUUUGCUGAUUGUUGAAUAAUUGUAACUCAGUUGGGUGGGUUUUCUUUGUUUCAUGCUGAUUCAAUUCAGCGCAUCACUCCAAAUAUUCAUACGUAAUUAUAGAAAUGGUCAAUCGGCCAAUAUAACACUUUUUUUUCUCUUUUCACUCUAUAAUUCAGAAGGUGAGGGGGAUGAAAAUAGGCACAGAUGAAAAAGGGGCAAUCAGCAUCCUGACUGUGCCAUUAGUGAUCCUAAGGCUGGAAUGGACAGAUUUUAAAAACAUCCAGAGUAACACAGGUGGUGAUACACAGCUUGAUAAAGUCCAACACCUUCCAUUGAAAUGGUUGAGUUGGUAUGUCAGGAAUACUUACAGGUGUGUGAGCUGGGCAGAUGGAUGGUUAUUGUCCACAGUCCAAAAGACCAGCUAACAUUUUUUAUUACAAGGUCCAUAAAAUGAGGUACUAAUCAAGGCAACCUAAAUGUCUAUUUUUUUGCUCUGUUAACAUUUGAGUAUAUUUUUGUAAUUACAGUAAAGUAAUUGACUAGUCAUGUGGGUUUUUGAAGUUUACAGUUGCCAGGUACAUGUGGCAGGUCUAUGUGGCAGGUCUUUCAGGUUACUAUUGGUAAUCUAAGCUGAAACCUCUACUAGUUCAGGAACACAAAUUUCUAAUGUUAUUCUGCCUUUGUUUUAUUUAGUACAAAGGUAGGCUUCCAAUAUAUAUGAAAUAAUCUGAUGGAUAGAAUUGAGGUAUAUUUACAACUGUAAGAAAUGGAACAUAAAACGUGUAAUACUUUGAGGAAGUUGUAUGUUUCAAAUGUCUUUCAAAUGCCUUGAUAUUAAGUUUUGGUGUCUUAUUACGAAAUACCCUCAAAAAUAGUGAAUGCAGAAAUCAACUAAUUUUUUUUUCCUCAAUAAUGCUUUGAAAGUUUCUCUGGGGCAGUUUAUUGGAGAGUUUAACUUUUUUGCAGAUCUGCUUUUGGGAAUUCCUUUAUUGUGUGAAUUAAUGGAAUUCUGUUGCUGGCUGUGUCAAGUUUUUAGGGUCAGACAGAUGUUGGGUGAGAAGGAACAGUGUCUUGGUUUGUCCCAGGGCAGUGCUGCAGGGAAGGGAGACUGGAGUCGUCCAGGAGCAUGAUGUCUAUGUCUUGACUUUGGUAUAUGGAUGCAGUUUUUAGACCUGACUUCUGUACCCAGUACUGGUCGCUUUCAUAUGCAUUGUUAUUCCAUUUGAGGACCAGUAAGAACCAUUAAUAACAGCAAUGGCAAGUGCAUUUUCUAAAGAUGAUAUGUGAAAGUGCAGUUUACAUUUUAGAAAAUCUUACACCUGCUCUCGAACAAUUUAAUCACAUAGUAAGAUACUAUACAUGCUAAAUAUUGACUUAAGUCUCAGUCUUUGUAUACUGUCCUAUGGUAUUGACUUAAUGAUCAUGAUGUGUUUGCUUUGGGAUUGCUUUUACAGACUAUGUGCAUCUGCCUUCAGUACCUAUUCUCAUGUACAGUGUUAUAAUUACCACCACUUAUUACAGUAGUUUGUAUGCCAAAGUCUUUGAGGGUUUAGUGUCUAGGUGGAAUUUUAGUUUGAGUUUUGCCCUAGUGGACUUUGGAAAAUCCAAAAGCAUAUGCCAGAACUUCCAGUUAAGUGAAGCCUAGAGUAAUACAAAUGUAUGGAGUAGGCUUUGCUUUCUUUUAUAUUGCAAUGCAUUGUAGGAGUGCAGGGACAUUGUAGCAAACCAACUGCAACUCGUGGCUUAUGUCAGCCAAUAUGUCUUUUCCCUUUGUCUAAAUUGGUCUUCCAAUGAUGGAGCUUCAGUUACUAUUCAUCCAUUUAUUUAUUUGAUUAUUUUCCUCUGGAAAAGCUUUUAAAGAAGUAGCAAUAUUAACCUUAUAUAUUAAAUAUAUUAACAAAGACUGAUUUCAGAUACUGGCCUUCUUUAAAAUCAAAUUUCGUUGGUUCUAUAAAAGUUCUAAACUUCUGCAAUUCUAAUAUAUUUCAAAUAUUGUUAUUGGUUUUUAUCGAUGAUGAAUAGAUGUUAAAUGAAAGGACAUUGUUAUUUAUGAACCUGUUUUAAGACUUUGGUGUGGAGGUUGUACAAAAGAGGGCAAGGACAUUACCACCUUUCUGUAUUUUACUCUUGAAGAUUUACAGCCCUGCCAAGUUUUACCAGCAGUGAGCAAGAGCAUCCCUCCACUUUUUUCCUGCUCUUUUAAUUGUGUUAUUUGUUUUUGUUGUUGUUUGUUGUUCCACAUAGUUCUUGUGCCUUCUAUGGUAAGGAGUAUGUCGGGUUUGUGUUCCCCCCAAGCGUCUCCUGUGCCUUGUCAUUCACAGCGUUGCCUGUCUCUUUGUGGUGCUUGUGGUCUUGGGGGAAGGAGAAGGUCUGUUUCUGAAUGAGACUCCCUUUGAGGCUGAGCUGUGGUUGAUAUCUGGUGGUUGUCCAGUGUUCUGGACACACACAGCUGGUCAGUUACCCUCACUUACCUUGGGGGCAUGUGCCAUGUGUAAGUAGUCUUUUUUUUUCUUCUGUGUCGUGCUGUGGUUGUGCUGCCAUCUACGGGCCAAAACUUUAUCCUACCUUAACACACACCCUGCCUCUCUGCAGUUUCACUUAAUCUGCCAAAAUAUAGACUCACUGUUUUGCAAUAACUAACUGUACAAAGGAGUCAUUAAUACACUUCACGUCCUUUCCACAACUAUCCAAAUACAGUCAUUCAACUUUUAUAACUUCUGAAAUCUGAAGCAAAAUAACUUGACAAAGUAGUACAGCUGUAGUUCCAUUGUCCAUUACAUCCAUUCACAUCCCCUGCUGAUAUGGUUUCCACACCUGUUGAUAUGAGAAGAGUUCUAAUCAACAGCAACUGAAGACCGAAAUAGCUUUAAGGCCCUGACACUCUAAUUGUAUUGACGCCAAAACCAAAUCUGUGUCAUUAUCCACCUUAACCAUUUGGAACUAAUAAUGUGAUUGACUAAUAGUGUAAUUGACUAAUAGUGUAGACUAUUCCAUUACAUCAUGGCAAUGAUUAAAGCACCGAGGCAGUAUCAGGCAGUAUUAUCUCUAAUAGAAAAUACAUGCUGACCAGACACAAACCAGAUCUGGCCAAACUCACUAAUCAAAUGUUCCUUUUUAUUUUGAUGCCUUUCUUUUAAAUGUCAAAAUAAUUAUUUCAUCUACUCCCAUCCUUCAUCUUCUUAUUUCUUCUGGAGGUUUGUAAUACUGUGAGUGUAUUCUUUAUUAUGUAAAAUAAGCUAGUCCCUCUAUCAUCACUGUACCACUGUAGUUUUAACUCCUCAUUCCUGUGCAGAAACAGCCUUACUCAGUCUGCAGUUACCUGUCUGCUACACUUACAAUUUAUUCAUCACCACUUCUGAAAAAAUAACAAGCUAAGCAAUGAUUUAAUUAAACUGUGAUAUACACACAGACAGGAUACCCUUUUUUCAAUGAAGUUAGGCUAUGGAUGAGCCUAACCUGUGGCAGUAGUUUGAGUAACCUCUGGAGUUUGAGUAACCUCUGGAGUUUGAGUACUGUUGUAUGUGGCCAGCCUGUUGACUGGAUGUGCUAUCUGAUUGGGUGGCUGACGUUGCUUUCUUGGCGUGAUGUCUACAUAUUUGCACAUAUUGGGUUUCUUGUUCACACUGUCUGUAUUGAGCAUUAUUGUUCAGAUACAUAAGCUGUAACCACUUCUAAGCUGACUUUAGGUGAGAAAAAUCAGCAUACUCUAAGGGCUUUUUAUAGUGUUCUGGUGCUUUUGCAAAAAAAAAAAGUGUUAAAAAAGAACUUGAGAGCAAAACAAUUCCUUUGUGAUAUUUUUGAACCAGUGUCAUUUAUAAAAACUGUGGAAAAUGUAUUGCAUUUUCAAUAAUUUGAUGUUUGACUUUUAUUAUUAAAUUUUUGCUGAAGUCUUUCACUUA